AGCAGGACUCCUUAAACAAGACAAUUUGCAUCAAUGUCAAUGAAUGCAAUCACUCCCCAGGCCCAUGUGAUGCAAACUUAGGGAGCUGCAGAGACACCAAUGGAAGUUUCAUAUGUGACUGCAAAAGUGGAUAUAGAAUAAAAGCUGAUAGAAGAACAUGUGACAAUAUUAAUGAAUGCACUGAAGGAAAAUAUUCUUGCCCACUGAAUUCUACAUGUUUUGAUACAGAUGGAAACUAUACCUGCAUAUGUGAUACUGGAUUUACUGGUAAUUCAUGUGAAGAUAUUGAUGAAUGUACUGUCACCAGUAUAUGUCAAGGAAAUAGAUACUGUUUAAAUACAAUUGGUUCUUACAAAUGCCUAUGCAGUCCUGGAUUUCAAGAUAUCGCUGGUGUCUGUACACCCACUCCUACUGACUUGGGUAGUACAACAGGCACGAUGGAAUCAAUGGUUAAUGGCACCUGGACUACAACUGCAGAGAAAGUGACAUUAAGCUUUAACACAAAUGCAACAACUACAAAAGUGGAUACUUUACAUUCAACAACUCUUACAUACACAUUUUCUACAAUGGAAACAGUGCAAACAUUAAAUGCAACAACACAUUCUGUCACUUUAAUAGACUUAAACAAAUCAGCCAGUGAACCCAUUUCUUCCCAAGAGCCUCCUGUUACUCUGACUGUCCCAACAUUUCCAGCAACAGUGCCUUCAGGAGACAAAUCCUUGUCUCCAAUAAUGUCAACACAGCACACUUUGUUGAGUUCUGUAAUUGAAAGUAACACAGACUAUGCAAACAUUCUAAAAACCUCUCUUUCAGCAGAUUUAAUGAAUUCAACAUCUACUACAAGUAAACAAUUUCUUACACUGUCUACAACACAAGAAAUUUCUACCAGCUUGGCAAAUUCAGUUUCACAAAAAUCUGACAGCAUAACAAAACCUGUUGGCAGUCUUAGUACAUCACCUGCUUUGGAUUUCAAUUUCUCUACAUCAGCAGAAAACGUGUCCAGUUUUUCAACAGUGCAAAAAACUUCCCUCAACUCAGGAAUUUCAGCAUUACAUACUACUUCAGAUAAUACAGUCAGUGCAAGCACUGUGAGUGCAAAAGAUACCACAGACUUGGUUACUUCUGUUUCUGUAGCAGCAGUAACAACUUAUUUGACUGCAACUGCAACACAUGACGUCUCUGACAGCCCAGGCUUAACAUCCUCAAAAGCUGUGGAAAAUAUUACAGUCCCUGCAGGAAGUGCUAGUACAGUGACUGCAGUGGGUUUAAAUGACUCUACCCCAGCAGGAAAUGGGACUACUUUUAUGACAAAGGAAGUAACUUCUAUUAGCUCAGGAGGUACAGCAUUACAAAAGGUUACUGCAGAAAACACAAACCCUGCAAGCACUAUAAGUGCAAAUGUUACAACACAAUUAGUUACUUCUAUGUAUACAGUAAUAACAAAUACACUGUCUACAAAUACAGCACAAAUAGUAUCCACCAGCACAGGAUUAACAUCACAAAAGGUUACUGAAAGUAUUACAGCCCCUACAGGAAGUCCUAGUACAGUGACUGCAGUGGGUUUAAAUGACUCUAACCCAGCAGGAAAUGUGAGUCCUUCUAUUAGCCCCGGAAGCACAACAUUACAAAAUGCUACUACAAAUAAUGUAAAUCCUACAGAUGAUACUACAGUCUUAGUUACAUCUGCAUCCAGCAUAAGUUUACCAACAUCUCUGACUAAAAGCGCAAUACCUGAAGGCUCUGCCAGCCAAAGUUUUACAUCCCAAAAAGCUACUGAAAGUAUUACAGCCCCUGCAGGAAGUCCUAGUACAAUCGCUGCAGUGGGUUUAAAUGUCACUACAUCAACAGGAAAUGGGACCCCUUUUAUGACAAAGGAAAUAACUUCUAUUAGCUCAGGAGGUACAGCAUUACAAAAUGCUACUGCAGAAAACACAAACCCUGCAAGCUCUGUAAGUCCAAAUGUUACAACAUACUUAGUCACUUCUGUGUCCACGGUAACACCAACAAAUGCAGCACAAGGAAUCACCACUAGCUCAGGAGUAGUGUCCCAACAGGCUACUGAAAAUAUUAUAGUCACUACAGGAAGUCCUAGUACAAUGACUGCAGUGGGUUUAAAUGUUUCUACCACUGCAGGAAAUAGGACUCCUUUUAUGACAAAGGAAGUAACUCCUAUUAGCUCAGAAAGUACAACAUUCCAAAAUGUUACUGCAAAAUACACAAGCCCUGAAAGUUCUGUAAGUAAUGUUACAACUUACUUAGUUACUUCUGUGCCUACUGUAACACUAACAAAUGCAGCACAAGGAAUCUCCACCAGCUCAGAAUUAGUGUCCCAAAAUGCUACUGAAAAUAUUAUAGUCCCUACAAGAAGUCCUAGUACAAUCGCUACAGUGGGUUUAAGUGUCACUACCUCAGCAGGAAGUGGGACUCCUUUGAUUACCAAGGAAGUAACUUCUAUUAGCUCAGGAAGUACAAUAUUACAAAAUGCUACUGCAGAAAACGCAAACUCUGCAAGCACUGUGAGUGCAAAGGUUACCACAGACUUGGUUACUUCUGUUUCUGUAGCAGCAGUAACAACUUCUUUGACUACAACUGCAACACAUGACAUCUCUGACAGCCCAGGCUUAACAUCCUCAAAAGCUGUGGAAAAUAUUACAGUCCCUGCAGGAAGUGCUAGUACAGUGACUGCAGUGGGUUUAAAUGACUCUAUCUCAGCAGGAAAUGGGACUACUUUUAUGACAAAGGAAGUAACUUUUAUUAGCUCAGGAGGUACAGCAUUACAAAAGGUUACUGCAGAAAACACAAACCCUGCAAGCACUAUAAGUGCAAAUGUUACAACGCAAUUAGUUACUUCUAUGUAUGCAGUAACACUAACAAAUACACUGUCUACAAAUACAGCACAAAUAGUAUCCACCAGCACAGGAUUAACAUCACAAAAGGUUACUGAAAGUAUUACAGCCCCUACAGGAAGUCCUAGUACAGUGACUGCAGUGGGUUUAAAUGACUCUAACCCAGCAGGAAAUGUGAGUCCUUCUAUGACAAUGCAGGUAACUUCUAUUAGCCCCGGAAGCACAACAUUACAAAAUGCUACUACAAAUAAAGUAAAUCCUACAGAUGUUACUACAGCCUUAUUUACAUCCGUAUCCAUCACAAGUUUACCAACAUCUUUGACUAAAAGCGCAGGACCUGAAGGCUCUGCCAGCCAAGGUUUAGCAUCCCAAAAAGUUACAGAAAAGAUUACAGUCCCUGCAGAAAGUCCUAAUACAGUGACUGCAGUAGGUUUAAAUGUCACUAACUCAGCAGGAAAUGGGACUACUUUUAUGACAAAGGAAGUAACUUCUAUUAGUUCAGGAAGCACAACAUUACAAAAUGCUACUACAAAUAAUGUAAAUCCUACAGAUGUUACUUCAGUCUUAGUUACAUCUGUGCCCAUCACAAGUUUACCAACAUCUCUGACUAAAAGUGCAGGACCUGAAGGCUCUGCCAGCCAAGGUUUAACAUCCCAAAAAGUUACUGAAAAGGUUACAGUCCCUGCAGGAAGUCCUAGUACAGUGACUGCAGUGGGUUUAAAUGUCACUAACUCAGCAGGAAAUGGGACUACUUUUAUGACAAAGAAAGUAACUUCUAUUAGUUCAGGAAGCACAACAUUACAAAAUGCUACUACAAAUAAUGUAAAUCCUACAGAUGUUACUUCAGUCUUAGUUACAUCUGUGCCCAUCACAAGUUUACCAACAUCUUUGACUAAAAGUGCAGGACCUGAAGGCUCUGCCAGCCAAGGUUUAACAUCCCAAAAAGUUACUGAAAAGGUUACAGUCCCUGCAGGAAGUCCUAGUACAGUGACUGCAGUGGGUUUAAAUGUCACUACCUCAGCAGGAAAUGGGACUCCUUUUGUUACCAAGGAAGUAACUUCUAUUAGCUCAAAAAGUACAACAUUACAAAAUGCUACUGCAGAAAACACAAACCCCGCAAGCUCUGUAAGUACAAAUGUUACAACGCACUUAGUUACUUCUGUAUCCACAGUAACACUAAAAGUAACAAAUGCAGCCCAAGAAAUCUUCACCAGCUCAGGUGUAGUGUCCCAAAAGGCUACUGAAAAUAUUAUAGUCCCUACAGGAAGUCCUAGUACAAUGAUUGCAUUGGGUUUAAAUGUCUCUACCUCAGCAGGAAAUGGGACUCCUUUUACGACAAAGGAAGUAACUUCUAUUAGUUCAAGAAGUACGUUACAAAAUGCUAUCACAUAUAAUACAAAUCCUGCAAACAAUUAUAGUACAAAUACAACUCACUUAGCUACUUCCAUGUCUACAGUAACACUAACAAAUGCAGCACAAGGACUCUCAACCAGCUUCGGAUUAGUGUCCCAAAAGGCUACUGAAAAUAUUAUUGUCCCUACAGCAAGUUUGAGUACAGUGAAUGUAAAUUUCUCUGCCUCAGUUACAAAUAUGACUCUUCUAACCACCCAGUCAUCUUCUGUAAGCUCAGGAAAUUCAACAUUACAAACUAAUUCCACAGAUAAUAUAAAAUCUUCAAGCAGUGUAAGCACAGAUGUUACUACAAACUUUGUGUCUAAAACAGGUACAACAACUUCUCUACCUAUAAGUGUGGGACCUACAUUCUCUACCACCACCAGCUCUGGUGUAACAUUCUCUACCUCAGGAGUAAAUGCAAUUGCUUCUUCAACCACACAGUCAAAUUCUAUCAGCACAGGAAAUUCAGCAUUUCAAAGUGUCACCACAAGUAAUAUGGUCACUUCAUCCACUUCAGAUGCUACUAGUAAAACAACUUCCCUGUCAUCUGUUACAGCACAUGGUAGUACUGUGGCUUCUGGAAGUUUAAUAUCUCAAAAUGGCAGUAACAUCUCUACAUUUACAGCACCUAUCCCAACAUCUUUGGUAAACAAUGCAUCUUCUAGAGUUACUGCCACUUCAACAGCAAGCACUAUAGCAGAUAAUACAACUAUAACAUUUAACAGAGCUACAACUACAGCCAUGCUCCCAAUGUCAACUACAAGAAUGUCUACAACAACUGCAUCAGCUGUGCUCUCAACAUCAACUACAAGAAUGUCUACUACAACUGUAUCAGCUGUACUCCCGUCAACUACAAGAAUGUCUACAACAACUGUAUCUACCACAGUUAUGACCAUGGCUACACUGCUGCCAGCUGUCCAGCUUUUUACCUAUGGAGAACAAGUGGGGGAUAAGGUAUUCUCUUGCAAAAGUUUUGACGGAGUCUCUGGUCUCUUCAAACCAGAAAUAGGAUUCCCUUUUGGAGAAACACUGUACAACUCUCUAUACUUUACAGACAAUGGACAGAUUAUAUUCCCAUCAUCGGACAAUGAUGUUUUUAACUACACAAAUCCACCAGUGCAAGGUUUUACCAAGGGCUUUAAACCACCAAUGAUUGCUGCAUUCUGGGAUGAUGCAGAUGUGUCCACUGGUCCAGGAAAAAUAUACUACAAGGAAUAUGAUACUUUGACUUCAUCAACUGAUUCAUUUGUCCAGAAUGUUUCAUCAAUGAUCCAGAGUUAUGAGAAUGUUGCAUCAUAUUUACCCAAAUGGAGUUUGAAAAUUACAUGGGAAAAUGUGUCACCUUUUCCAGCUGCAAGUUCACUAACACAGAUAAACACAUACCAGGCAGUCCUGACAACUAAUGGAAGCGCAUCAUAUAUUUUACUGCUCUUCAAAGAUGGUGAAAUGAAAUGGGAUGUAACAACUUGGAACAACAAUGCAUUAAUCGGGUUUUUCAGUGGAGAUAAUUACUUCAAAAAUGAUGCAAUAACAAAGCUGCAACCAGCACAAAAGUAUCGACCAGAUCAAUAUAUAACUACCAAUUCAGUUGUGAGAGGCCUGAGGAUUUAUCAACUUACCCAAACUGCUCAAGUGAAUUACAGACUUCAGUGUAUGCUGUGGUAUGUCUCUGAGCCCAAUCCUGCUGACUGGGUUAAAGAUUCCAGUUGCUGUCCUCGUACAUAUCAACAAGGACUUCUUGACGGACGCUACUUAAACUAUUACAGUGAUAUUUAUAAUCCAUACACACUGCGCACUACUUCUAGUAAAUCCUAUACAUCUGGCAUCCGGUGUGUCUACAAUAAGAAUCACCAAUUUGUAGAGGGAUGGAAUGAAAGGAUUCAGAAUGUUGCUUUUGAAAUGAAUCCAUAUAGCUGGUGUUGCAAGAAUGUAAACAAGCAAGCAUUCUGUGACAAGUAUGCAGAGAAAAGGCCAAAAGUUACAUGCACAAAUUACAUAUCACCUUCAAUAAAAACUGCAUAUGGUGACCCUCACUUCACUACUUUAGAUGGAAAAAGUUUUACCUUUAAUGGUCUUGGUGAUUUCAUACUUGUGAACGCCACAGAUGAAAAUACUUCUUUUAUUCUGGAAGGUCGCACAAAUCAAACAAGUGGUGACUCGUAUACCAGCUUCAUAGAUGUUGCUGCACAGUAUACCUCUAGCACAACAAAUAAGGUUCAGUUUACUCUGGGCUCUAAUAAUGCUAUCCAAAUUCUUUUGAAUGGUGGCAACGUCUCAUUUUCAUACUCUCCAGAUCUUCAGACAGAUUUCUACAAUGGUACUGAUCUCUACAUAAAAAGAAAUGAUUCGAUAAAUAUAACAUUUAGUGGGAAAGUCUCUCUUUCAUUGUCUGCUUCGUUUGGCAUGAUAAAUAUUUUGCUGUAUAUUCCAAAUGACUACAAUAAUAAGACAAAGGGACUGUUUGGGUCAACAUUCCAAAUCAGAGGUAAAAAAUAUGAUAUCUAUCAUAAAAUGGAUUGUAACACUAGAUCUGUAGUUUACUUGGCUUUAUGUGACUGCUGUCCGGCAUAUUAUGUCGGCAAAACAGAUCAAAGGUUUAAGGAUAGAAUAUACCAACAUAUCUAUGCAAUAAGGAAAAAGAAAGAAGAUAACGCUUUAGCAAAACACAUCAUAAACCAGAGUGGCCACAGCUUCCAUUUUCUAGACAUUGACCAUAUCCCAUAUAACAUCCGGGGUGGGCCUCAAGCUUUAUUCCUUGAAAUUAAGGAAUUAGAAUGGCAGAUUAAAUUGGAAGCAUUUAGUAGUCCGGGCCUUAACGAACACUGCAACAUUUCCUGUAUUCUUAAACUUAAGAGCUAUAUGAGAUAA